UUUGGAUAAUUAUUCCUUAGCAGGAAAAAUUGCAGAGGAAUCAAUUUCAAUCAUUAGAACUACCGUUGCACUUGGCAUUCAAAAGAAAUUGUCAAACAUUUAUGAUAAUUAUUUAGUAAAUACGGAAAAUGAAGGAAUUAAAAA